UCGUGAUACGAGGGUUGUCAAAAGGCUGACACCCCAUUUUGAUAUCUUUGCUCCUGGGCUUCAGGCUACUCGGCCCACACGAAGGACCAGUCAACAGUAGGCUAGGCCAAGUAGCAAGCAGUCGUUUUUUUGUGCUUGGGCAAUAUAUACAUCAGCGCAGGUUCAUUGUAUUUAUUAUUUCUAAGCGAUGUAGAGGUUGUAUCCUACCAGCUCCAUUUUAGGCUGUCAGGUCCUACUCCUGUAGGGCUAUUGUGUGGAUGGAUGGAAACCUGUAGGGGGAGGAGGAGGUGACUGCGAAGCGAGCAGAUAAGAGAACUGGCUGAUUGGCUUGUUGCUGCCUGGAGCUUCUAUUUUAUCAGGAACAAGAGGUCUUGCCGUUUGUUUUACAGGCCGAAAAACAACGACAUUGCACCCAGGGGCAUACCGAGAGGACGGUAGCAUGAUAGUCGUGGAGGGGAAUCGGCAGGAAGAGGGCCCGUAUCUGCAUUUUACUUCGUCUGCACCGAAUUCAUUGAGUCGGUAACCAGCGUCCGACAUGGGGAAGGAGGUAAAUGGUGUUUCGCGGAGUAGGUUUGAGAUGUUCACAAACAGUGAUGAGGCGGCCAUCAAUAAGAAGCUACCUAAGGAGCUGUUGCUACGAAUCUUCUCCUUUCUGGAUGUGGUGACACUCUGUCGCUGUGCCCAGGUCUCACGGUCCUGGAAUGUUCUCGCGUUGGAUGGCAGCAACUGGCAACGAAUUGACCUCUUUGACUUUCAGAGGGACAUUGAGGGCCGGGUGGUGGAGAACAUCUCAAAGCGAUGUGGGGGGUUUCUUAGGAAGCUGAGCCUGCGGGGUUGCUUGGGUGUGGGUGACAGUGCCCUGAGGACUUUCUCACAGAACUGCAGGAACAUUGAGCUGCUUAGUCUGAACGGCUGCACCAAGAUCACUGACAGCACCUGUAAUAGCCUCAGUAAGUUCUGCCCAAAAUUGAAGCACCUGGACCUCGCCUCCUGUACCUCAAUCACCAACCUGUCACUCAAAGCUCUCAGUGAGGGUUGUCCCCUGCUGGAGCAGCUCAACAUCUCCUGGUGUGAUCAGGUCACCAAGGAUGGCAUCCAGGCCCUGGUGCGUUGCUGUCCUGGACUCAAAGGCCUUUUCCUCAAGGGAUGCACACAGCUCGAAGACGAGGCUCUGAAGCAUAUCGGGGGUCACUGUCCAGAGCUGGUCACACUCAACUUGCAGACAUGCUCACAGAUCACAGAUGAGGGCCUCAUCACAAUUUGCCGGGGUUGUCACCGCCUGCAGUCUCUCUGUGUAUCGGGCUGUGCCAACAUCACGGACGCCAUCCUGCACGCCCUGGGACAGAACUGCCCUCGCCUCAGAAUAUUAGAAGUGGCUCGCUGCUCUCAGCUUACAGAUGUGGGCUUCACUACGUUAGCAAGGAAUUGUCACGAGCUUGAAAAGAUGGAUUUAGAAGAAUGUGUGCAGAUCACAGAUGGAACACUCAUCCAGCUGUCUAUCCACUGCCCUCGUUUGCAAGUCCUGAGUCUGUCUCACUGUGAGCUGAUCACCGAUGACUGCAUCAGGCACCUCGGCAGCGGCCCCUGUGCUCACGACCGUCUGGAGGUGAUCGAGCUGGACAACUGCCCCCUGAUCACAGACGCCUCGCUGGAGCACCUUAAGAACUGCCAUAGUCUGGAUCGUAUCGAGCUCUAUGACUGCCAGCAGAUCACCCGCGCCGGCAUCAAGAGACUAAGGACCCAUCUGCCUAACAUCAAAGUGCAUGCAUACUUUGCUCCCGUCACUCCGCCCCCCUCCGUCGGGGGCAGCCGUCAGAGGUUUUGCCGCUGCUGUGUCCUGCUAUGAUGUACAGACAACAACCCCCCCCCCACCCUUUUCCUCUCAUGGUGUCCCUCAACAUGCUCCUGCAGCCUGUCACUUGCCCCCCCCCCCUCCCUUUUGGAGCUGCAGAGAGAGGGACAAAGCCAAAACAUGCUACAAGGUCUUCGGUAACGUUCCCAAAAACAUUCCCGAAUCUCUCCACCACACAAAUACAGAACAGACAACACACUACCAUGCACAGAUUUUCAAUUAAUAGAAUGUCAGAACAUUCCUGGUCUGUGUUCAGUGGAUAAACCAUGUAAAAAAAAAAAAAAGAAAAAUCAAAUGUGGUCACCACUUUUAAGGGAUUUAACUUUUCAUCAAAUAAAGUAAAGAAUAAUCUUCACAUCUAAAACCAUUAUUCUGUAUUUCAGGGGAAGUGAUCCUCUUCUCUUAUUCAGCACUUUGAGACCGCUUCCUCUAGCCUCUAGCGCUAGCCUCUAAACAGAAUAUUGAAAAGGCUAAAGAAUCCCUCUUAAGCAAUCACACAUACAGUACUUCCCUCUGUGUAGAAGGUCACUUAACAGCUACCUCUAGACGGGAACUGCUUUGUUCCGCUGGCUGUUAAUUUCAAAAAGAAGCAGCGACGCAGUCAGUAAACUGCUGACACCUCCAACACACAGAAAGCAGAAGAAAGCUAAAUUUUUUUAUUUAAAAAAAACAAAUAAAUAAAAAAAAACAUACAUGCAGCUAUUUGCACUUACAGUAAACGAUGAGACACUUUACAAAGACGACCAUCUCAGAAUUCAACACACACGACAAAUCUUCAUGCAUACACUGAGCUUGCUACACCUGCACCCUCACCUCUCUCUGUGUCUCUGUUACAAUCAGAAGCUUCAAUAUACUGAAGACAAAAAAAAGACAGUUUCAUAUUUUUCUAAAAAA